AUGGACCAAAUCGAUAGCUUGACCCGCCUGCAAGGUCUCCAAGCCGACCUGGUCGCCUUUUCCGAGUCCCGCCUACUCAAUGUCGAUCGCCUAUGGACUGAGCUGGAAGACAGCAUCGCCGACUUUCGCAAGCUGCUGGACCGUCAGAACAAGAAUGACAGAAGCCGACAGGCACUCAAGGCUGAUACAAUAACCGUCGACGAGGUCCAAUACACGAUCAACGAAGACUGGAGGCAGGAAGUAAUCCAGGUCGCCGACGAGCUAGAUCUGGAUGAGUUGGAUGCUGCAAGGUUGAACCUGCAGUCGGAAAUCACUGCGCAAGAGCUCGGGAGACCUACAUCAAUGGCUGCUAUAUUUCGCUUCCAUGGCCACCGGGAAACACUGCUCGAGUGUCUGCGCCUGACUAUCCAACAAGCCGUUGAUUGCGAAAACACCGAUGACCGCGACAAGUUCGUUACCUGCGCCGGUCUGAUCACCGAGAAGACCGACGCAACUUUCUGGCGCAAAUGUGUCGAUGCAAUGGCAAUCGUGGAACAAUGGCUGCAGAAACUUCAGGAUCGCUUGAAUCAGAUUGCUAUGAUUGGCCAGACCGCCCACGGAUAUGCCACGGAGACGCUGCAUUUCGAGAAGCAGAGCUUGACGAAACAACAUGAGACUUUGGGUGCCAUAAUCUCACAUCUGGUCAAAGUUGGCAUCGCAACCGUCGAUGAUUAUCGCUACCUUCUGAACAAGACAGCUCAACUGGCCAAUCCUGACGACGUCACUUUGCACUACCUGCCUGCCCUUGUCAGCUGUGCCUCUGUUCUCGGACCCAUCGACAGUGCUGCCAGCCUCAGAGAUGCUCGCGGUUUGGACCAAUACUUUGCAGACAAAUCUGACAACUCCAAAUGGAAGCUACCUGAUUUCCGCGCUGCUGCGACCGUCUUCUGGUUGGCCGAGUACAGCGGUCGUUACAUCGACAAUCCUAUUGGCUCGCCGUUGAGAGGAGUGGAUCUGGAAGCAGAGACCGAAUCACGUUCGCAGCGUUACUUGGAUGCUGUUCGUAAUGGUGCUUUCGAAUUUAUCCUGUUCAUUUGCGCUCAAGUGCGUGCAGACUUGUGGCACGAUCCCGCGAAGGUUGGCCUGGUGUCAUAUCUCCUGGCAGGAGCAGAGCGAUUCAGGAAUGGCCCAAUUAAAGCAUCCGACUACUUCCAGGAAAUACUCGCUCAAAACCUCCAGCUAUUCGUUGACGCUUUCAUCACAAAUAUGCCCGACACUAUCCGCAGACUGAAGUUCGAGGAAGACGAACAGCGCCGCAACAUCAGCAUCCGUCAGCCUCAUGGUGCCCCGGAACAUGGUCUGCAUCUCGAAAGAUUCUUGGUCAUCAUUUCUUAUGCCUUCAAGGGCUUCCCUGAAGCAGCUCAGUCAUUCUGGCAGGAUCCUGACAGCAAUCUUUAUGGCUUCUUGCAGUGGGCCUCCAAACGACAAUCCACUCCUCGGGCCGCUGCUUUCUGCGAAAUGUUCCUCUCUAUUUCUGAAGACGCCGAAUGCGCAGAAGCCGCCCACAAGUUCCUCAUGGACGACGCAACUACAGCGGUAGCAAAACUUCGUCGUGGUGCACCUCUAAGUUGGGCACAAAUGUUCAACGAGUUGAGCUUUUACGCUCCGGGCAUUAGCGAGAAGCUCACCUCCACUUCGCUACAAGGCGAUGGUGCGUUGGCCGGACCGCUUAUUGAGCCUGAGAGUGAACUCAUGCUCGAGUGCUACCUUCGUCUUGUUACACACAUGUGCCGUUCCAGCGUCAGUGCCAGAAUCUUUGUCUUGUCUCAUGCCACCUUUAACCUGCAUGAGAUUGUGCUCAAUCUCGCCGUCUCUGGGGUCUCCAAUCGUCUCAAAGCCUGUACCUUUAUGGCCAUAGCCGCCAGCUUGACAGACAAGACUAUCGAUGCCGGAUAUGCGCUCUGGGACUACGUUGAUUCAUGGAUGUACGAUUCACCGAGUCUGAGGAACUACCUUGGCACAAAGACACCUCAGAAUCCUACAGUGGCUAAGGAAGGACGGUUUCAAUCACUACUGGAAGGAUUUGAGCUACCGAAUGCUUUCACCAGGCUUAUACAGGGCAUGGUUGUGCCCAGUCCAGAGGAAAGCAGUCUACGUGACAUGCUGCCUUUCCCAGAACAGUUGGGCGCAGCUUACCGUAUGCCAGGUUUGGACCCUUACGUCGACUUCAUCAUGGGCAGUGUCUUCCAGGAAAGAAUGGCCGAUCUCCCCGACGUGAACCAAAUCUGGGAACUGAGAUGUACCUGCCUUGCCUUCAUCUCAACAUGUCUUUCGACGUUCAACGAAGAUCUUGUUAUCUUUGCUAACAGCACUAACAUUCCCGUUGACUCGAUUAUCUCUACCUCCUCGCUAGCCGCUUACGUUCGGUUCCAUCCGUUUGCCCGCGUCAUGGAGUGGCUGUUCAACGACAAAGUUUCGAGUGCUCUAUUCGCCGCCGCUCACGAAGACGUUGAUGCGAUCAGUGCUGCCUCCCCGGAUUCUCCUAUGGUAGUUGCAUUGUGUCGCAGCAUCGAGGUGAUUGACCAGGUUCUAAAACUGCAAUCCAUCUACUUCGAUGUUGUCAGACCGAUUGUCAAGACGCAAUAUGUUGGACGCGAGAAAGCCAUCGCCAAUCCUGCGCUUGCUUCCUUUGAGGAUGUCAUCCUGAACCACGUCAACAUCAUAGUAGAUCUCGGUCUGUACUGCGGAACUGGUCACCAGGAACUGACGAUGCUCUCCCUGCAGCUUCUCCAGAAAUUGGCAACAGCUCGCAAGCUCUCAAUCGCAACUGGCACGUCUUACGGAGGCAGUCGUGUGCUUGCUGCCCUGCAACAAGACUUUGAUGUUGAUCGUAUUGCCGCGUCUUUCAUUUCUCCUCUUCAACUAGAUCCUAGAGAACUCGAGAUGGGAGCAGAAGGGCCAGGCAUUAACAUCAAGCAGGGUAUCUUAAAUUUGCUCAACACUUCGCUCGAGACAGCUGCCAAUCGUCCAGCUCUGGCUCACUGCCUGUUAGGUUUCCGUUGCACAGAUAGGGCUAUCAGUAUUCCACCCAACGGUCUGUUUGACACAGGAUCGUCGCUCUUCCAUGCUGUGGCGAAGCUCUCAGCCGACACUAUUUUCCUGCCAGAGGUCAAUCAAGCUCCCUGGCUCUCAUCAAUACGUCGCACGUCUUGUCAGAUCAUCUCGAGACUGCUUCAUUCUUCACUUACUGAGCGUACAAUCCUCGAGGAACUCAGGGAGUCUGGAUACUCUGAUGCUGUUGCCAUUGUGCAAGCACCCAUCAAUGCCGAGAGUCUAUGGAGUAAUCGACUUUGUGCUGACCAGGACUUCCUCAUAUCAGACUCUGCUGCGGUAUUCAAGGAUUUCUUGAUUCAACGUACUAUGUUCUUCGAAGUGGCAUCUCUUGAUAUUCGAGCAACCAUUCAACGCAACACACCGACACAGCGACAAAAAGUGUUGUCUUCGUUAGUGGGUGUCACUGUCCUAUCCUCUGGCGAGCAAGUACAAAACGCCUCAAUCUUUGAGCUUUUCGAUUUCAUCGAUGUGGAUAUUUCCCUACCUUUUGAGAUGGCGGAGAAAGCAUUCAUCACCGGCCUCGACUUUGGUUCAUGCAGGACCGACAAGCUAGAGACAGGAGCCGUUUACGACCUUUCGCUUGCGAAGGAGCUGUUGCUUCUGCGCGAAGCUGAUCUUCGCAAAAAUGGUAGACUGUCUGACCCCAAUUCGCAACAACAGUGCGCAGCAGAGAUUGACGCUGCGAUGCUAUGCCUGCAAUCAGAGAACAACUACGCCUCGAUCAUGGUUGCACAGCGUGCAACGCUCAACGUAUGGGUGAAGCUCAUGUCGUUGAUGCUCGCAUUGGGUGAUUUCCAAGCUGCACCCAAGACUGCACUCGCAUUGCAAGCUCUGCAAAUUGUGCUGCCAAAGCUGGACAGAACCAUCGUAGAGGACUCUCCUGUUAACAUCCCUCUUGCAAAGCUCACAUACACACUAAUGAGGGUAUUAGACUCUUCUGCCACAGAAAAGAAUGUGGAAGUCAGUGUAGUACACGACAGGCUCACGGCGACUUUCCGUACUGCAUUGCGUGGUAUCGGUAGCGCUUCUGGUGGUUCCGAGCUUCGCGAAACAUGCUACCAAACCAUCCGUCACUUCGUCAGAUCAGUAUGCAGGACAUCAUCACCUUUGCAACGCCAAACCGCCAAGAUCAUCGAGCACGGUGGUGAACGACUAAUAGACACAAUCUGCGAGGAUGUCAUGUCCAGUGCAGGUAGCUGCAGGGUUUCUGCGUUGAUGGUCCUCGAAUCAUGCUUGCAGUUGUUCCAGAUGGUCAAAUCGCCAUACCUGACACGCGCAAUGACCAAGUUGAACUUCACAUCGGUGCUCGUAGACGGCAUUCGCGGUAUUGCUGGCGAGUUUCAACAACAACGUGAAGGACAAGACAUCGCUACACUUCUCUCAUACAUUCACACCGCCCUCUCUGUCUUGCUACGCAUGUCGCACACCAACGAAGGCGCCGCCGCCAUCCUCGAGGCAGGUCUGUUCAGCGCCGUCCGCGACUCCCAGCUCUUCGCCACAGACCCCGACAUUGGUCUCGACGUCGACAACGUAGAAGCAUUAGAAAACUUUUACCGUCUACUGAUCUCCAUGUUGCGGAUUCUCACGUCGUGCGUCGUCAGCAGAGGAUCAAGGAAUCAGCAUGUCAUUGCUCAGGGAAGAGCAUUCUUGACCGAGAAUAGACAGUGCAUGCAAGGUGUUUUUAAGGCUGCGGUAAGGGAGGGUCCGCAGGUGAGGCCGAGUGUCAAGCAGGCUUUGGAGGAUUUGGUGGGUUGCUUUAGUGCGCUGAUUCACGCCACGGACUUUGUUGAGGUAUGUUUUUUGUGGUUGUGCCGUUUGAUCUGA